AUGUACUCCAGAACUCGUAAAUCUCAAUCAUCAGAUACCAAUGGCAAUUUCGAAUCACAUGAUCUGAAUCCAACAGGAAAUAGUACUACAACUGCUAGCUAUACUCCUAUUCCAACUAUUCCAAUGAAUAAAGGCGGCAAGCGUUAUACUAUGAAUGAAGUAUUUCAAGUAUGGUACGACAAUAAAGAUCAAAUCUUGAAUCCAGCAACUGAAAUUCCAAUCAAAGCAAGUGAAGGUUAUAAAUUAACUAAACCAAGUCAAAUUUAUCAUUUAGAAUUGCAACCUACCAAUUUGAAAGAUGAUUUUGGAUCUCAAAAUGAAUUACGAGAAGAAACUACUCAAAUCAAUGAUUCGUUGGACAAAUUAUCCAUUGGAGAUGAGGAAGGUGUUGCAACUAGUAUUGCUAGUGCGACUGGUGUGACUGGUGGAACUACUGGUGCUACUUCCUCGACAUCAGGUCCACCUCCUGGAAUUGGACAACCUUCAGAUCAUGGACAACAUUCGAUUUCACCUGCUCCUUUGGUUACCUCGGAUAAGAUUAAAUGGCAUUAUAUUGAUCCUAUGGGAAAUGAACAAGGUCCAUUCAAUGGAGAUAUGAUGCAAGAAUGGCUUACUGGAGGGUAUUUGAAUCUUGACUUGAAGAUUCGAAGAAAAGAGGAAACUACUUUCAAGACUCUUAAGGAUUUAUGUGAUGGUUUACAAAACUACAUUCAACCUUUUAAGGUUCCACUUCCUGAUUUAACUGUUGCUCCACCACCUCCUCCUCCAGCUCCAGCACCGGCACCGGCGCCAGUGUCAGCUGCCCCGGAUACGAAUCAAUUCUUUUCACCACAUAAACUACAUGAAAACCCUCAACUUCCAGCUCAAUCCCAAUUUCAUCAAUUCCUUUCUUCCGCAGAAGCGCAAACAAGUAAUUUAGGUUCAUUGAGAUUAUCAGGUCUUGGAGGUCCACAAUCCAAUUUAUUUGGCAAUGAUUUUAUGAAAUCAGAUCCAUUUGCUCAACCAUUAACACCUCAAUCCGCUACAUUUUCCCAACCUGGAGGUCAUUUCGGAUUGGAUGCAUUCAAUCCCCAUCAUCCUGUUCAUCACAAUUUAGGAUUCUCCAACCCAUUACAACAUCCAGGUAUGCCGUCUUUACUCCACCACCAACAACAAGUUCCUCAACCUUCAAUGGCUAGAGUUAAUAGUGGAUGGGGAUUAGAACCUACUUCAGCAAACCUUAUGGGUAAUGUAUCUUCCAAUCCAGCCACUCCUGUCCCCGUGAAUCCAAUUUUGACUAAUACUACUCAAAUUAAUCAAUCUACUGCUGCUCCUAUUUCUCCUUGGAUUUCAGGUGGGGUUCAAUCUCUGUCAAGAGUUAGUUCUCCAUUUGCACCUAGUUCAACUAUUAAUAGUAGUAAUAAUAAUCUUAGUGGUCUGGAGAAUGUUAGUCCUGCUAUUCCAAGUACUGCAAGUAGUAAAGAAGCAUUACCUGCUGUUGCAAGUGAAGAUUCUGUUUUACAUGAUAUUCAUAGUUCUGUUGUGACUGAUAUUUUGGGAGAAGAAGAAGUUCCACAAAAGCAACAACAGCAACCUGUUCAAACACCAAAGCAAAAGAAGACUAAGCAACGUAAACAAUCAAUCCCUGAACCUGAACCAGUCGAACAUAUUGAACCAGUACACGAAGAAGUUAUUGCCCAACCUGAACCAGAACAAGAACAAGAAGAAGAGGAAGAAGAUGAAGAACCAAUCAAGCAUGCAGUUGAUUUAAAACCAGCCGUUCCACAAGAAUUAGCACCAUGGGCAACCAAGCAAGACAUCAAAAAACCAGCUAUGACCUUGAAAGAAAUCCAAGAAUUAGAAGCCAAGAAAUUAAAAGAACAAAGAAAGAUCGAAGCCCAAAUCAGAAGUGAGCAAGGUGCCAAAGCAUGGGCUGAAGAACCUUUGUCAUCUCCUAGUGAAAAAUCAAUCCCUUCCCUUCCUGCAACUUGGGCCUCUACUACUUCCGCCCCUGUCGUGACUAAAACUUUAGCUGAGAUUCAAAAGGAAGAAGCAGAAGCUAAAGCCAGAGCUGCUGCCAAAGCUGGUGUAUCUAGUGGCGGGGUUCCAAUCCAAAAGACUUCUUUUGCAAGUGCGAUUGCCGGUUCUACUCCAAGAGACGACGGACCAGCUUGGACAACUGUUACUUCUAAGAAAUUAGCUCCAGCUAAAAAACCAACUACCGCCAGUAUGCUCGCAUCUUCUGCAGCUCCUACUAAAGUUACUCCACAAUUGUUACGUUCUGUCUCAGCUGCCAAACCAGUCCAAUCUACUGUGAAUGCAACUGCAGUCAGGGAAGAUUUCUUAGUAUGGGCAAGAUCUAAUAUGACUAAUUUAUAUCCAUCAGUUUCCAAAAAUGAUUUAUUAGAUAUUUUUAUCACCUUACCUGCCAAUUCUUCCGAUUCUGCUCAAUUGAUUUCUGAAACUAUCUAUAGUUCAUCAGCAACUAUGGAUGGUAGAAGAUUUGCUCAAGAGUUUUUGAAGAGAAGACAAAAGGUUGAUCAAACCAUUGGUGGGGCUAAUGAUUUGGUUGCAUGGUCGGCUGCGGUUAUUUCGUCGGCUGAUAAAGUACAAACCGUGGAUGAAGAUGGUUGGACUAGUACUGUUAAGUCAAAGAAGAAGGGAAAGAAGUUUUAA